AUGGCAACUAAAACUUCUGAUGUCUCAGCAAUACUUGGUCGUUAUAUGUUACAAGGUUGGACUUUAACAGAUGUGAAUUGUCCAAAGAGUGAUUGUAUUGGUUGUCCAUUAAUGAGAUCUAAAGCAGGUAGUGAGUUUUGUGCAAGAUGCGAUGGAGGUCCAAGAGAAGAUAAACCGAAUGCUUCACCAUCUGGAUCAUCAACCGCAAGUAUCCCAGACCCAAACCAAACCCAUUCACGUACCUCAACACCUCCCACCCCAAUCUUAACCAUCCAAGAAGAAACCGAAGCCAACCAAGAACUCGAAGCAUUCAAUCCAAUCGCAUCACCCGAAGUCUUAGAGUCUAGAAGACUUCAAUCAGAUCUAGCUUCUAGUCGAAUCGGUUCACUCUUAUUACAAGGUUGGACUUUAUUAGAUUCAAGUUGUCAAAACUUAACCUGUUGGGCAAUUCCUUUGAUGCGUAGUCCUAAACGGAUUCCUACCAAUGAUAUUACUUUCAAACGGAAAUGGUGUGUGAUUUGUGAACAAGAUUGGCAACCUAAUCAAACAGUUUCACAAGCACCUGAAGCGAAUGGAAACGGAAAUCGAGGAUACUUUCCAACGGUAUAUUCACCAUGA